AUGCCAACUUUGUGCGAAUCAGGGCCGAACAUUUCAGUUCUCAAUCUACCACCCGUUUUCAACAAGAGACUUUUCAAAGCACAAGCUGGAAUUGUACUUACAGACGAUACAUUAGAAAUCUUACAGAGACGUUCCACCGCUCGACGAUCGGCCGAGGAACUACAUGUCAUAAAACCAGUUGUCGCGGCGCUGAAAGAAAUUCACAAAGGUCUUCAAUUUAUUAAGGAAGCACUCUGCCAUGUUGUUACGUACCAAAAAAUUGAGGCUGGUGUUGAAAUUAGUAAGCAACAAGGAGAGAGUUGUCUUUCGUGUUACUAUAUUUUGAGCGGAUCAGUGGAAGCUAAAUAUGAUAUUAACAACGGCUCAUCUGGUGAUCCUGCGGCGGCUGAAAAGUCUUAUGACUGUGAGAUAACCUAUACGCACGUGGCUGGUGAAUAUCUUGGUCUUGUGUCGGGAGAUGGAAGAGAGUUUGAUCUUCCUCCGCCAGACAGUAUACGAAGCGUGGAAGUCACUGAAUUCUUGCGAGUCGACCGUGACCGAUUUCACAGCUCCGUUAAGCGAGUUCAGAAUCGCUAUGUUCAAGAAAUUGAAAUGUUUAUUGAGGAAGUCGCCGCUUUGAAAGCUCUGCCUUCGGAGGAGAAGAGGAAAUUAGUUGGUUUGAUGGCAAGGCAGGUACGUAAUGAUUUUACGAAUUUCGGAUAUUUCUAUAUUUAUUUUGAUUUUAAAUUCUUGUUUUCACAAUUUUUCUUUUCGUUCGAAUUCACUUGUGUAAAUUUUUGGCUUAUAGCGAUGUUCAAUUUUAGCUGCCAAGCUAUCUCAUUACGUAGUCAAAAUAGAUUCGGGAAACCACUGAGUAUCUAAGGACGGAAUGAAAAUUAAUGGGAAAUAAAUAUUUGCAUGUUAACAUUUUACGUGUGAUGUCCUUUAUAAUAUAUACGUCACAUAAGAACAUAAUCAUGUGCUAACCUGUCGACAAGAAAUGACCAUAAAAGUCUUAUAAUUUUCAAAGUCAGCAUCAGCUUUCAAGGCUUAUUUUAAUAAGUCUAGGGCACAUCACUUGAAAUCAAAAUAAAUAAAUUUUUUUAACCAGCGCAUAAAACAUUACUGAUAUAUCUAUCAUUUCAUGGUGACCUGUAGGAAUAUUCCGCGGGAAAAGUCAUUGUCAACCAAGGGGAUCUCCCAGAGCAUCUCUUUUUUGUUGCAAAAGGUAAUACCAUUUUGGUUCUUUUAUCAAUAAAACACGUCAAGGAGACAUAUUCGUCUGCCCAACUGUGUACAGACUGAGCAGAACAUGCGUUACGCUCCGAUUGCAAGGUAGUUAGUGGCAUUCCAACAGUUCGUUAAAGAUUGCUUCGUUUGGGAAAAUUGGCCAUGUAGCUAAAUUGUAGUAGGCCAAGGUUUGAUGAUUAAAUGUCGCCACUGAGACUAUCACUUAUGGCUUUUAUGGUUUGUGGGCAAGGUGGCUAUAGAAAAUUUGUUACUUUGAAACACCCUCGACUCAUAGAGGUCAAAAUAAAAUCGCCUUUCUAAUUGCCUAACUAAAAAAAAAGCCGCUCACAAGUGUAUUGUGCAGGAAUGAAGAGAAAUAUAUAUACAUUCUCUUUUUCUCCACCAUAUCAUUAACUUUUCCCGUCCAUAGCGCGUCGGUUGGUACUAUUUGCAGACUAGUGGUAACCUGAUUGAAAAGCAAACGCGCACAAUGCGAGUAUUAUCAUCCUGUUACUUUAUAUGCAACGAAUCAGAAGUAGCGGACCUAGGUAACUGGGUGAGUCCUUUGUUGUCUUACGGCCACCGUUUGUUCAAUGCUUGAAUUACAUGCGAUAUUAUGCCAUUAUACCAUUUGUUCUUUUCGAAAUAGAAAUCAGUUUAGAACUGAAGUCAAUGUGUUGAUAAUUUGCUUCAGUAAAAGAGACUGCCGAGUGAGUCUGGUUGGAAUAUAACGAAUAUUCUCGUUUCAAACAGGGAGAUGUCAGUACUACAGGAGUAUCUUUAUUGAUGAAGUUAAUCGUGGAGAAAUAGUCAAACUUGGACAAAUAGAAAAGGGUAUGUUGUCGCUUCUACUUCCAUUUCCACAAUUCCAUUCCAUGUCAUAAAUUCAAAAUCAAAGUAAUCACAAAGGUCAUUCAUAAAAAAGGAAAUACCUUUAGGAGCCAAUGAAAACUCAAGGUAAAAUUAUCACAAAGGUCAUUCAUAAGAAAGGGAAAUACCUGUAGAAACCUGAAAAACUCAAAACUCAAGAAAACUCAAGGUAAAAUUAUCAGACCUCCUUAAGAAAGAUAAAACGUGAACAACUAAGUCGUGAUUAGUUUCAGUUUUGCGUCUGAUUGGUUGAGAAAGUGACGCGGAUUGAUUGGACUAAUCACAGCCUGAAGUAAAGCAAAAUUGCUUUCGAUACUCAAACGAAAAGUGAUUUUUCGCACGCUUCAAUGAGAGCAGAUACUCAACGCUGUUGUUAAAAUCCUUUAGGUGAAUUUUUCGGUGAAUCCACCAUUCUGGAUUCCAGUCCUUGUUUCUGCAGCGUAGUAAGCAUUGGUAAUGUCACUUGUUUCCUGGUCAACAAGUAAGUUUCCGAGUGUUUUUUUGUUUAUAUACCUAUACCCAGUUAAUUAAUUCCCAAAACAAUAACUAAAAAUGUAAAACAGUCGACAGUCGAAAAUACAUGUUAAGAGUUUUCUGGCGUAGUUAAACGUUCCGAUCAGUAGCAUAGAGUUGGUUCAAAAUAAUUUGUUGUAAUUUACUAUCUCCCGAAAAUAAAGCAACUUUGUAAUUGUAAUCUAGCUCAUCACAUAAUCCACCAGUUUGUUGAUUGAACUUCCCAUACCACUCUCCUUUGUGACAUCGUAGGUGGGCGUUGAAGACCAACGAGAGUAUUAUCCAAAUGCUUCGUCAAAAUCGCCGCUGUUUCUUCAAUGACGACGACAUUAUGCAUUACAUCCGGGAUAGUGAUAUCUGGCAGAGCUUCAAGCGGUGCACAAUCACCAGUCUGCUAGAAAUGGCGGGAAAAUAUCAAGCCACAAUUGACAGGAGUGAGAUGACACCAAUUCUUUCUCGAGCUGUGGAAUAUGGAGAUGCUAAAAGGUGAUUGUGAUUUUAAAUUCACGCAAUUGGGUCUUCCAUGACUAGAAUUUUUUGCCAGUUUUCCGUUUUAAAGUAUAAGGAAUGCCUUUCAACGAAUCCGUUAUUUCAACGGUGAGCGCGCUAGAAUUUGGAAGAAGUCCGGUUCAAGACUUGGCCAGGCCCAGGCCGUUGUGUUCUUGGGUGAGACACCAGGCUCCGGUUGUUCGAAAGAUGAAUAACGCUAUCCACUGGAUAAAUCUCUAUCCGUUGGGUAGCACAAUAUGUUUUGUUAACACUUAUCCCCUGCAUAGCGAUUUAUCCGCUGGAUAGCGUUAUCCACACUUUGAACAACUGGGCCCAGGUGGAUAGAUGGGUAUGCUCUGGGUAACCUGGGUCUAACUGUUCAAAGGCUGGAUAACGUUAUCCAACGGAUAAAUCGCUAUCCAGCGGAUAAAUGUUAACAAAACAUACUCCACUAUCUAUCGGAUAGAGAUUUAUCCAGUGGAUACAGUUAUCCACCCUUCGACUUAGGCCUAGUUGGUUCAUGCCACGACAACCGGGAUGAGUUCCGCCGCCUUGUGCGCCACUUUGCUCAAGUAAAGACUCAACCUUAUUGUUGAGUCUUCCAAAGUAACUGUAAAUGUAGAAGAUAGGCUCCGGGAACAAGGCGGAUAGAAAACGACCAAGCUCUCCUGUUUAUAUUUACAUCUUCGACUUUGCUUUCUGACGGGAAAGAGUCCUCCACUAUAUGGGGGGAAAACUUAAGAUUUGCUUUGGUGAGGUCAGUUGGAUAUUAUUCUCUCCAAAAUAAUAACGUUACGCGCACAAUUUAUGUUUAUAGGCAUUAUUUGAGAAAGCCAAAUCACGACGACGAAGUACCCGGAGCCCCAAAGAAAGCUGAGCAGCUUUUCGUGCCUCCUCGGUCAAGGCGACGAUCAUCUGCUAUCUUGACAAGCAGUGCUGCAGCAGUUGUUAAAGCCGUUUUAUUGUUGAGAAGGAAUUCCACGAAUGACACUGAAAGCAAAACUAAUUUUCACUUUCCAGCCAAAAGAGCAUUUGGAGACUUUAACAGGCCCACGUUAGAAAUGUCUAAACCAAGAAGUGCACCGGCGAGAGAUCGUAUGUCAAGGUCACCAACAUUGGGUCGUAGAACAAAGAGUGUGAGAACACAACUAAGAAAUGUCGUAGUACGUCCGCAUACUAAAGGCUCUUUGUUUUCCUCUGCGAAUGAAACAUCCCUUUGUGCUGAGCUAAAGACUACAAAGAAUAGUAGUACUUCAGGGAAGACAGGAAACGAAAAAAAGAAACACAAAGGGGGAAAAAGAGACAAGAAAAACAGGAAAGUAAAGUAUGAAUCCAAAGAAGAUAACAAUGGGAAAGGGCCUGUUGUUGAGGGCAGAAGAACGAACAAUCCAAACGUUUUGCCCUCUGUUCCCAUUGAAAAACCAGCCGUUCAAAACCCGAAUGUGGUUGUAAAAGAAAUCAUAAACACAGGAAUUCCGGGACGCCGUUUCUCUCCAAAAAGUUAUCGAAGAUUUGAGAGAAGCCUUUUUGAUGUUUUGGAUGAUUCACCCAACUAUGACCAGAGUUCGUCAGAUGAAGAAUCUGUUUCUCUUAGAAGUCCAGUUUUGAGUCCAUGGAAUGUUUCAUUUGCUGCUAGUAAAUGGAUGAGUAAUAUUCGUCAGCGAAGGAAGAGUUCACCAUCUUCAGGAGUGACUGAGGAAACAGGCCAGCCGCCGAUUAUAGUCAUUGAGGAUUGGUCACCAAAUGAGACCCUCGGUGAAAAAGCAAGUGAUAAAACGGACUGUGGUCAGAUGGCAACGAACAGAAUAAAGUCACCAACGAGAAAGACGAGUCGUACCCCAACGCCUGUGCUUGAUAACGUCACCGAGGAAAGUGAGGAAGAUGUUAAGAAAUAUGAGAAUGAACUUCUGCCUUCUCAAAGGUAAAGCUAUGGCACGUGUGUUAGAAUAAAGUUGCAAGCAAUUUUUGAGGAGUAAAGAAAGAGUUUUGUUGUUCCCAGCCCUGAAGCAAAUUUGCAUAACACCGGUGUGAAUUUCUUAUACUAUGAAAUGACAUUUCUAAUCAUGAAUGAAAUAAUCAAACGCAAACGAAUUUUUCUAUUGUUUGUUUUAUGACAUGUUUAGAUGGUACACUCCAAUUCACGAGGCACGUGACGCGUGCAAACAGCAAUUAAUUGAUUUCAAGAAGGAGAUUGACAAUUUGGAAGAACAGCGGAAGAGGUUAAAACGACUUCAGAAAAAGACAACAGAGGUAGAAGAGGAAGAAGAAAACAGCGACGAAGGUGUUAAGAAAGAUACAGAGGACACGAAGACAAACGAGACCUCAGAUAAAAACUCUUCAGGGGUGGUGAGGAAUAUCAAUUUUUUUAGCUAUGUCGACUAAAGACAAUUAAAAACUGUUUUGAAUCAGAAGUCCAUAUACCAGGUCCGUUUUGUAAGAAGAUAGUUGUAAGCCAUGGGUUAUUAAUAAUCUACACAGGAGAACCGGCCAGGAAAUAGUGUAAAUGUAUCAGAAGACGCACGGCUCACAGAAUUUUGUUAACUUUUUGAUCCCUAAGAGCGACUAGCAUUUAAUGUCUCCUUACAUUGUCACCCUUGAAUCAUGAGACUUAAGGAAAUGAUCAUCAACUAAAGAUGCUCGUUAAACAAAUUCUCCUCGUCAGCACCUUAGGAAAUCUAUAGAGAACAGUAUGGAGAAUAUGUAUGCUGAUGAUAGGGUGUAAAUUAAGGGUCAAGUACGUUUGUUUUGUCUCUCGAUCAAAGACACCUCGACCAGCAACAGGGAACUACCGCCACUUACGAAAACAAGUUUCCCUUAGCUCUGGCGUCGCUCAUGCUGCUGUCGGAAGGCGUCGUGCAAGGACAUUUACAGAGGUAUCUGAUGUCGGAGUAAUCACUGACUUGCGAGAGAGUAUGGUCAUUCAAUUUAUUAACUAACCUGAGUAAACAACCAUUUAAUUAUGAUACAUGAAAAUAUGAACCAACAGACGAACAAAUAACAAAGAAAGAGAAGAAUGAGCAAGGGACCGUUCUCUACUGAAUAAUUAUGUGACAGACAGAAAGACUGUUCGGCACUGGCAUAUGAGUGAGUGUUGUAACGCCGUCUGGUGAACUUCCAUUUCCUCUGGCUGAUAUACCGCGUCUCAGAGCCUCAAUAACAGUCUUCCUUGGCCUCUUGAGGGUGAAUUUUCUGCUUGAAUAAUGACUACAAAAUUUAAAUAUCACCUGCCCCACUGAUACAAGACUUGAUGAUUUUAAUGCGUCUCAAAAUUUUCCUUUGUUUUCAGUAAAUAAAAUGGUUUUCAAGCAAUGUACAAUGAUUGCUCAAAAGGUUUUCAUCUUUUGCAUGGUUAUCAUGGCAACACUAUUUUAUUUUAUUAUUAUUUUAGCUUCUAUCAUUCCCAAGUUUUUGUCAAUUAUCAAUCUGCUAUUUGUCUUUCGAGAUGCAUAAUUCUGGAGACUUUUAAGAAAAUCUGUAAUUAAGGUUCAGAGACAAAAAAAUCAAGGUGACUUAAUUCUUACUAAGUUAGUUUGAAUCUUUAGGAACAUCAGCGAAGUGGAGACCAGCUUCGUAGAACCCAGUCCCUCAGCCGUUUUCGCCUGAUAAGCGUUUCUGCGCCAAAUACCGCGUCAACAUCCCAAACACUCGCAGCGACCCACCUGUCACAGGGCCAAGAUUCAGAGACUCAACAAUGGCAAAUACAACAAGCUCGUGCGAGAUCAAGCAGGAUUGAGAAACGAAACCAGCUAUUGCGAAGAAAGGUGGAAAGCCAAGAGAAAAACAUGAAAAUGACGAGACAUUAUCGAUAA